GAACGCGUCGGGGCGUCGGCUUCACGGCGCACUCAAAUAGACAAGCAGUGUUUGUCAGCGUGUGAGGAGACAGUAGCCAGUGUACUUGGAUUUCAGAUUGUGGGAAGGAUUUUUCAGUGAAAAUGGUACUUGAAAUAACAAACAAGGAUCAAUUUGAAAAAGCUCUCAAGGAUGCUGGGUCAAAGCUUGUUGUAGUGGAUUUCACAGCAACCUGGUGUGGACCAUGUAAAAGCAUCUCUCCUUUCUUUCACGAACUUGCUGAAAAAAAUCAAGAUGUUGUUUUUCUUAAGGUGGAUGUGGAUGUUGCUCAGGAUGUGUCUGAGUUAUGCAAAAUUUCAUGCAUGCCAACAUUCCAGUACUACAAAAAUGGAGAGAAGGUCCAUGAAUUUUCAGGAGCUAAUAAGGAAAAACUUGAAGGGUCAUUGAAGAAGUAUAAAUAAAAUGGAUUGCUGGCAAUGAAAUUUGGGUCAGAAAAAAUAAAGAAAAAAAAAACCACAAAAACAAAAUAGCACUUCUGCAAGGAUAUACACUUUGGGCUAAUGACUGAUCUAUUUCCCCCUUUAACCAAAAUUUAAUUAAGGGAAAAUGAGCACAUUUCUGAUUCAAAUGGGUUAUGGGUAUUUGCAUGUUUUAAUAGCACAUUAAGCUUAAUCAAGGAAGUGGAUCUGAAAUUGACUGCCUUUGGAAAAUUUUAAAACAUUUAGCAAAUCAUGUUACUGGUCACGAUGAUUUUCUUGUAGAAAAUUAAAAUGUUUGUUUCUUCCCGACAUGAAAUAUGGUGCUUUUUUAAUAUUCCACAAAUUUUGAUAUGUUACUGUAGUUGACUUAAGUAAAAGAAUGUAAGGUUUUUUUUAUGUUUAUAUAGUGAAUAGUAUGUUAAAUUAAUAGUUACUUUAUUUUUUUUCAAUAACCCUGUCUGUUUCCAGCCAAAGUGUUCAGUUAUCUUCAGAUUUUUAAAUUUUUUACUUUGUUCCUGUAAGUAAUCACUUUCUUUGACUGCUGUUUAAAUGUUAAACAAUCUGACUGAUGUAUCUUGUAGUUUACAUAAGAAGUGUCAUUAAAGCUUAUGCUACUGCAUCCCUUCAAUACAAAACUUAAA